AUGAUCAUCGCCGACCCUCAACUUCAGGAGAAGUGCCAGGAGGUGCGGACCCACCUAUACUCUACCUUCGUGGAUCUGACGAAAGCCCUCGACACGGUGAAUCGUGGCGGAUUGUGGAAGAUCAUGCAGAAAUUCGGCUGCCCAGAGCGACUCACUCAGAUGGUUUGCCAGCUCCACGAUGGUAUGAUGGCGCGCGUCACGGACGACGAAGUUGUCUCUGACGCAUUAGCAGUGUCCAGCGGAAUGAACCAGGGAUGCGUCCUGUCACCCACCCUCUUCAGUCUUAUGUUCUCUGCCAUGCUGGACGCUUACCGUGACGAACGCCCUGGGAUUCGCAUCGCCUACAGGACAAAUGGCCACCUCCUCAACCACAAGCCGAUGCACUUCCAGUCGCGUGUAUCCACAACCACCGUCCACGAACUCCUCUUUGUCGACGAUUACGUCUCCAAAACCACCUCGGAAAUGGACAUGCAAAGGAGCAUGGAUCUCUUUGCUGUGGCCUGCGAGAACUUCGGCCUGGUAAUUAAUACGGAGAAGACGGUGGUCAUGCACCAACCGCCAUCCAACACAGCCCACAAAGUGCCGCAAUUCAGCGUGAACGAAACCCAAAUGCAAGUGGUGGACAAAUUCCCGUACCUCGGCAGAAUCCUCUCCCGACGACGAAAUCGCCUGCAGGAUUUCUAA